CCGUGCGCUGGUGGUGAUUGAGCUCUUUUGCCCCAGUAGCCUACAAAAACGCCCAGAAAUGCGCCGCUCCUGCACGGUUUAUGUAUUCCAUGGGUCAGAAACAUUGGAUCAAAAGCUGAGUACUCCGUUCUUUACCAGUAAUCGUGUUACAUACAUUGAUGAUUUCCUCGAUUCCAUUCUCAUCGUCAUUCCUGUCUGAGGACUUUCGAAACGCUUUGCAAUUAGGGCUUUGACAGAUCACGUGCACCUCUCAAGAGCGUCCACUGGCUGCCGAUGACCGCAUGAUAUGAUACAGCAGCAACAACCUCCAACUGAACAUCUCGCUGAAAUGAAUUGGUAACCUACAAUCUACUCGCCAAAUACUAAAAAAUUUAUGAGAAUUAGGAUAUCACUGAAUGAUAUAGCUGCCUGAUGUCAUUAUUUUAAUCGUAACUUCGGUCUCUCAUUGCUAUCUUCUUCUCCAUCACCCGCUUCUCGAUCCAUCCAAUCUGAAGGCGAUUCUGGUAUAUUCACCAAAUCCCAUGAACCCGUCCCAUGCCUAGCUCGGACAAUCUUGAUACUCCCAUGCUCCCACUCCCUUGUGCCCCUUCGUCCUCGUGGGAAAGCUUUUGCGGGCGACUUCGAGCCCUAUUCAAUGGUGCGGACCCAAGAGUUUGCACCGCUUUCUGGUUUUUCGGCCUAAUAAAUAAUGUCCUCUACGUAAUAAUCCUUUCCGCGGCCCUUGACCUCGUCGGGCCGGACAUCCCCAAAGGCGUCGUCCUCCUCGCCGAUGUGGUCCCUUCGUUCUUCACAAAACUAUGCGCCCCCUACUUCAUUCAUGCCAUCCCAUAUCCCGUCCGCAUCCUAAUAUUCGUUGCCUUGUCCGCCUGCGGUAUGCUUCUCAUCGCACUGUCGCCGGCCUACAUACCAAAUUCUCCGACUGGGAACCCCAUCAUGACGAAAAUGCUCGGGGUAAUUCUGGCCAGCUUAUCGAGCGGGGGCGGCGAGUUGAGCUUCUUAGGCCUGACGCAUUUCUAUGGCCCGUUUAGUCUCGCAGCGUGGGGUAGCGGGACUGGGGCGGCUGGACUGGUGGGCGCGGGGGCAUACGCGUUAGCAACCACUUCGUUUAGGUUCAGUGUGAAGACUACGUUGUUAUUUUCGGCUGGGUUGCCGCUAGUUAUGUUGCUGAGCUUCUUUACAAUUCUACCCCUAGGGCCGUUGAAAUGUGCGGAGAAGCUGGGCGAGUAUGAGCAGAUUUCUGCUGAAGACGAAGCCGAUGAAGCCGGUGUUUUGGGUAGGGGUCGGACUCAACAAAGAGAGCUAGAUGAUACCGGAGAUGAGAGGGAUGGGCUAUUAGGACGGGAUUUGGAGCACACAAGGGAGGAUGGCAAGUUGGUAGCUAACGGGAACGAUAUGUCUUGGUCACGCUUCAAAGCGAAUCUGAAAAGGGCCCAGGGUUUAUUCUUUCCAUUCAUGCUCCCCCUCCUCCUAGUUUACAUCGCCGAAUACACCAUAAAUCAAGGCGUUGCCCCAACCCUCCUCUACCCUCUCGACGAAACACCCUUCAACCACUUCCGCGCCUUCUACCCAGCUUACAACGCCAUCUACCAAUUCGGCGUCUUCAUCUCGCGCUCCUCCACACCCUUCUUCCGCGUCCACAAUCUCUACUUCCCCUCAUUCCUCCAAGUAAUCAAUCUGGGCGUCCUCAUCCUUCAUGCUCUAUUCAACUUCAUCCCCAGCGUCUAUAUCAUAUUCCUCAUCAUAUUUUGGGAAGGGCUGCUGGGCGGCCUGGUGUAUGUGAAUACUUUCGCAGAGAUCUCAAACCGGGUACCGAAAGAGGACCGGGAGUUUUCGCUCGGAGCGACGACGGUGAGCGACUCCGGAGGUAUAUGUGUGGCAGGGUUGCUAGGGAUGGUGGUAGAGGUUUGGCUUUGUGAUUGGCAGGUGAAGAGGGGGAGGGAUUAUUGCGAGAAGCUGUAGUGGCAAACUGGGGCGUUACGAUUUCCUCAUUCGUUCGCAUCUCCAUUUGCUCCCAUUUUUGAUAACCAUUUUUGGCAGAUAGCAUUCUUUUUGUUCACUAUAGAGCAUAUGGUUCUCAGGCAUAUCUAGGUGAGGGGUUUCGUGAGCACAUAGUUUUGGACAAUGGCGCUUGAUGGACAGCAACUGAUGUAUGGAGUACUGUAGCUAUGUCUCGUUUGCCCUUUUGUGCCAAUUUACUUUGUCAGAUGACAGUUAUUCCUGCACAAAUCAACGUAUGAAACCGUACUAAUCCGUGGUGGAUACAGAAAUGACAAAACGAUACGCCC